UCCUUUUACUCUAUUUUGUUGUGUUGUGUUCCCCCAGAUUCAAAUUUCGCCUUGGAAUCUCUGAUUUGUCUCCUUUUUCAUUGUGUCUUAUCUCCUUCUUCUUUGUUUGUUUGUGUGGUGUGAAGGGGGUGUCAAAGGUCUCUCCUUUGGGUUCUUUCAUGAUUUGUUCUGUGCAUUGGGCUGAAUCUGAAGAUGGGUUUUCUCUGUUAGCCAUUAAGGUUCUGAUUAUUGGUUUUUUUUGGUGGUGAAAGAUGAAGGAUUUCUGUGGCACACCUGGCACUUUUCUUGGGUUGGUUCUUAGGAUGACACAGUUCAUUUUUGCUGCUGUAUCAAUUGCUUCCAUGGCUACCACAACCAGUUUCUUUAAUUUGACUGCUUUUUGCUACUUGAUAGCUUCAAUGGGUUUACAAAUCAUUUGGAGUUCUGCGCUUGCUUUAUUAGAUGCAUAUGCUUUGGUGAGAAAGAAGGUCCUCCUCAACCCUGUACUAAUUAGCCUCUUUGUAGUUGGAGAUUGGGUAACAGCAACACUAUCUCUAGCAGCAGCUUCUGCCUCAGCUGGCAUUACGGUUUUGUACUUCAAUGACAUGGGACACUGCCACUUUGGAGAGGAGUGCCAAAAGUACCAGAUUUCUGUUGCAUUUGCCUUCAUGAGUUGGAUUUCAAUUUCAAUAUCAUCUCUAAUUAUGCUUUGGCUAUUAGCUGCAGGGUAACAGAUUUUGUAUUCAAUCCAAAUUUCUCAUCCAAUCAAAGUUCAUCUUAUUGACAAUUUUCUUUUCAAAGUGUUAAUAAUAGGAAAGGAAGUAGAGUAGAUCUUUACUCUGAAAUUUAAUUGGGAUCAGAUUGUA